AUGGAAGAAUGGCCUGGAGUGCAGUUGCAGCUGGUCAGAGAUGACUCACUGCUCUGGCUGGUUGGGCACGGCUCCCAACAAUUGUGUAUAGCUGGUGGUUGGACAGAAAUUCCUGCUGAGGAGACCUAUGUGUGGUAUAGAAAAUUUUUGAUGGAAUUUACAUCUGGCCUUCAAACACUGCAUGAAUUUAAGACACUCUUGGGUCUGUAAAGUCUAAAUUAAAAGGCCAAUUAAUAUGUUGAUCAAAUCUAUAAUAACUUUGACAUGAACAAAGAAUCCAGAACACACUGUGCUGAACAUGUUCCAUCUAUUCAUGUCUAUGAACAGCUCUUCCAGAAGAAUUCAUCCAUAGUGAGCUUUGAGUGCAAUACUGAGUGUUACGAAGAACAAAAGUCUGAGAGUGGAUUUAUUGACUUUGUGGAGUUUAUUACUGCGGUAAAUCUAGUUGUACAAAGAAAAAUGGAACAAAAAUUUAAAUGGUAUUUUAAGCUGUAUGAUGCUGAUAGAAAUGAUUCUAUUGACAAAAAGGAACAACUGAGUAUAUUCUUGGCUGUACAAACCCUCAAUGGCCAGCAAACCCUGAGUCCUAAAGAAUUCGCCAACUUGGUGUUUCCUAAGAUCGAUACAAACAAUGAUGGAGAGUCGACUUUAGAAGAAUUUAUCAAUUGCAUGGAAAAAGAUCAGUAUAUUCUGGAGAUUGUCUCCAAGAGCUCAUGGAAUGUGCUGGAAGUAAUCUUUAAUGAGAAGCAGUCGGACACCGAGGUAGUCUUCCUCCGAACCAUCUGACAAGGUGGUCUAGGGAAGGUGAAAAUAAAGUUGCGCAGUAGAAGUGAAAAGGAAAACAUCGUCACAGUGGCACCCCAGGAGCAGCCCCACCCUGGCAGUGGCAGUGAUUUCACUGUGCCUCCGUGUUCCUCUGAGGCACCUGGUGUCCUUUGCACUGGAAACUGGGCUCCUGCUCCCUGA